AUGGCAAAGUCCAAGAACCAUACCAGACAUAACCACUCCCAAAAACGGCACAGAAAUAGCAUCAAGAAACCUAAACCACAAAGAUAUGAAUGUCUUAAGGGUGUGGGGCCCAAGUUCCUGACGAAUAUGCUCUUUGCCAAGAAGCACAAGAAGGCCCUGAAGAAGAUGCAGGCCAACAACACCAAGGCCGUGAGUGCACAUGAGGAGGCUAUCAAGGCCCUCAUAAAGCCCAAGGAGGUCAACCCCAAGAUUCCAAAGGGCAGUAGCCACAUACAGAGUCAACUUGCCUACGUUGCUCACUCCAAACUUGGGAAACAUGCUCAUGUAUAUAGCCAAGGUUCUCAUCUUGGGCUCUGCAGUCCAAAGUCCAAGUCCAAGUCUCAAACCAAGGCCCAGGCUAUGGCUGUGGCUGCAGCUCCAGCUCAGGCUCCCAAAGGUACCGAGGCCCGCACAGAGACUUCAGAGUAG